AAAAGGUGGACAAGAUGCCUUUGUCAUGUCGGUGCCUUGUUAUCUCGGGGAUCUCAAGUAUCUUCGCAUCUGGCACGACAACUCAGGCAAGGGACGCUUCGCCUCAUGGUAUCUGCAGUAUAUCCUGGUUCGCAAUGUUCAAACAGGAGAGAUGACCACAUUUGUCUGCAACGAAUGGCUUGCGGUCGAGUACGACGAUGGCCUUAUCGACCGUUUGAUCCCGGUAGCCGGCAAAGAACAAAUGCGAGACUUCGCCACCGUGUUUCCCCACCAGUCUCAGCAGUCACUGUCCGACGGACACCUCUGGUUCUCCGUGUUCCUUCGACCGCCUCGCUCGCGCUUCACUCGGAUGCAGAGAGUCUCGUGCUGCUUCGCCCUGCUGUUCUUGUCAAUGAUGGUGAACGCCAUGUGGUACGAACGCGUGCCUUCGAAGCCGUCUGCCGGCUCGAUCAAGUUUGGCCCGCUCUCGCUGUCUCCAGAGCAAAUCGCAGUUGGUAUCAUGUCAAACAUCAUAGUGUUUGUCCCCUCCCUGCUGAUCGUCUUCUUGUUCCGCAAGUCUCGUCCGAGGAAGCUCCGUAUGUCGAGGAUAGACAAGGCCAUGUCAGAAGCAAAAACUGAAGGUGGUGCAAAAAGCGGUCGCAGUGGAAACGAUACCGACGAAAAACCUGAAGAGUCUUCAAGUCGCAAGGGAUCACUUGCUAGCUCCAGUCAUGGUGAUACGUCAGCCAAAAACAAAAAGGUGAAAAAGCGAAGAUUCACUCUGCCAUGGUGGGGUGUGAUCAUCGGAUGGAUUUUAUGCAUCGUUUGUCUGUUUGGUUCCGCUUUCAUUGUCUACGCGUACGGUAUUACCUUUGGAAACGAGAAGGCGACUAAAUGGGUAACAUCACUGUUCAUUUCCCUCUUCUCUUCAAUUCUUCUGAUACAGCCACUGAAAGUCUUCUUGUCAGCUCUCGUCAUCUCCGCCAUUUUUAAGAACGUCGACCUUGACUCCGACGACGCCAACGAGGAUGAGCAGGACCCUCAGUUGGCACCUGAUGAAGAAUGGUUCGCGGCUGCCUCGGGAAAAACACGCACCACUGGAGGUGGAAGCAGUCCCUACGACAAAGAAACCCUCGAAAAAAUGCGCAAACAGCGGCUGAAAGAAAUUGAAAUGGGUGUAAUUGUCCGAGAGAUCAUUAGCUACUCAUUCUUCCUUUGGAUACUUUUUGUCCUCAGCUACGACAACAGGGAUCCCAACUCUUUUUACCUGCAAAAGAACCUGGAAAAUGCCUUUAUCAAAAUCGGAGACUACACCAACUUUCACAGGUGGUUAGACUUUUCGAGAGUAUCUAAUACUAGUGCAUUCUGGUACUGGUCGCAGAAUGUCAUACUCCAAGAGCUGCGCGCACAGACUUGGUAUAACGGCAUAACCCCUGCAUACGGGCUACGAGGCUUCCUUGACGACCGAGUGAAUAGGAUUGUUGGCAGGGCAACGAUGCGACAAGUGCGCUCCCGCCCGGACACCUGCACAAUUCACAGUGGGAUGCGAAGCUUGAUUGGGGGCUGCCAGGGCUACACCAGCAUUGUGAGCGAAGAGACCAGCAGUUUCUGUGCCAACUGGACGCGACGGGGCAGCAGGGCGGAUUGCAACCGCGUGGAAUACCGCUAUUCGACCGGUAGCCAGCUCCAGGGUCUGCCUAUUGUCGCCAAACAGGACGUGUAUGGUGGAGGAGGCUACGUUUUCCAUUUCGCUGGAAGAACACCUGAUGUGCUGGAGAGAAUGGCACAGCUAGAACGAGAAAAUUGGAUAGACUCACUUACAAGAGCAGUGUUUGUGGAGUUUUCCGUUUACAACGCUCAAGCAAAUCUCUUCGGUGUCGCAACGAUCUACGUUGAGAUGACUCCUGGGGGUGGGAUGCAUCCUUGGUGGCGAUUUGACGGCAUUAGACUUUUGAAACAGGCCGGUUCACAAGCAUUCGUGAUUGUUUGCGAAAUUCUGUACUUUUUGUUUAUCUUUUACUUCAUCGUCCGAGAGGUUCGUCUGAUCCGCAAGAAAAGGAAAGAAUAUUUCAAACAAUACUCGGCGUACGCUGAGUGGGCCAUCAUACUUCUUUCUUUUACUGGCUUGAUUGUAUACAUCAUGCGCUUCAUUGAAACAGACAAAAUUUUGACCAUCUUCAAGGACACGAAUGGAGGCGGGUAUGUCCGACUGAAUUAUGCUCAGCUGCUUGACGAUCUCUACGGAUAUAUCAUCGGCAUCAUCGUGUUCAUCGCCACACUCAAGUUCAUCAAGCUUCUGCGCUUCAACAGGCGUAUUGGCAUGCUGUCAGCUACUCUCAAGCAGACCUGGAACGAUCUCACUGGCUUCUUUGCCAUCUUCACCAUCGCGAUCGGGUCGUUCGGUCUCCUGUUCAACCUUUUGUUGGUGGCUUACAUGGAUGACUUCAAAGACUUCCUUUCGGCGGUCGAGUCGUGUUUCGCCAUGAUGCUGAACAAGUUUGAAUUCAUGGAGAUGUACCGCAGCAGUUUCCUGGCAGCCAUGAUGUUCUUCUUGUUCGCCAUCUACAUGAACAUCAUAUUCGUCAACGUGCUGCUUACAAUCAUCCUGAAAGGCUUCGAACAGGUGAAGAAUGACGUCACAAAGCAGCCGAACGACUACGAGGUGGUCGACUUUGUCAUGCGUCGCUUUAAGAAGUUCCUUGGCAUUAACUCUGUGACUCCGCUGAAAGACAUCGUGACUGAGCAUCAGCGGGAGGAGCAGGAGAGCAAGGACGUUCGCCAGCUGCCCGACAAGGUCAGCACGUUCAUCGACCAGAUCAACCACACCUACUUCGACGGCAAGCUGGACCUCAACGACAAGAAGAUGCUGAAGAAGACGCUGCGACAGGCAAAGCACGAGCAGCGAGGCCGACCCAAGUCCAUGGAGGGCUUUCAGCGAGAUGACGACCACAUGACUGAAGAUCAGAAACAUUUGGAUGAGCUUUAGUUCGCUGCUAUGUAAAGACUGAAAUGCUUUUGCAUUAUCAGUUAGGUUAUUUUGAAGGCAGUUCUUUAGCAAUCGGAGGGAUAUGUGUUUACGAAGGAUGCUUGCACUUCUUGUGGCCUUGGUAUAGUUUAUUGGAAUUAUUUCCCUAUAGGAUGCAUUUAAAGCUGUAUUAUUUUAGGUAAACAUUUAAAGCAAAUGUGAAAUCUUACCUGCAAAAUAAGUUCAACCAAGUGAUCGCACCCUGCUGACCUGGCUAGGAAUAUGACCAGAUACUGAUGACGCCUUGUAUGUAAUACCAGUAUAACGCCUUUUGGGGCGACUAACGGAGCGAGCGAGAGGGUGAGCCUUGCACGUGCGAAAUUUCGAGGGGGUACCUCCAGCU